AUGUCUAAGAGCUCUAUGGCUCAGAUGAUCAAUCUGGCGAAGCCGUUUGUGGCUGUCACUCUGAUGCAAUUUGGGUAUGCAGGAAUGUCCAUAAUUUCAAAGUUUGCUCUCAACCGGGGGAUGAGCCAACAUGUAUUGGUCGUGUACCGGCAUGCUGUCGCCACUGUUUUUAUAGCUCCUUUUGCCAUUGUGUUUGAUAGGAAAGUAAGGCCAAAGAUGACCUUCUCUGUUUUCACCAAGAUUUUGUUACUUGGCCUAUUAGAGCCUGUAAUCGACCAGAACCUGUUCUAUACCGGGAUGAAGCUUACAACAGCAACUUUUACAUCUGCCAUAUGCAAUGUUCUUCCUGCCUUUGCGUUCAUAAUGGCUUGGAUUUUCAGGCUUGAGAAUAUUAAUUUUAGAAGCCUGCGUAGCCUGGCAAAGAUAUUGGGGACCAUAGUGACUGUGGGAGGAGCUAUGCUUAUGACUCUAAUUAAUGGACCGAUGCUGAAUCUUCCUUGGACAAGAAGAAACUUUCAUCAAGAAUCUACAAGUGCCACAGAUCAUCAAGAUCCCAUAAAGGGUGCUCUCCUGAUUGGAGCUGGAUGUUUCUGUUGGGCUGGUUUCGUCAAUCUGCAAGCAAUUACGCUAAAGUCUUACCCCGCUGAGCUCUCCCUAGCAGCUUGGAUAUGCUUGAUGGGCACGGUUCAAGGCACCGUCGUGGCCCUAGGUUUUGAAUGGGAUAACCCUGCAGCUUGGUCCAUACACUGGGAUUCUAAGUUGUUAGCUGCUGUUUACAGUGUAAGCAGACUUCAAUUCAACCCCAAGCUUUCUGGUGUCGCGUAUUACGUUCAGGGAUUGGUAAUGAAGGAAAGGGGACCUGUUUUUGUGACUGCUUUUAGUCCUCUAAGCAUGAUUAUUGUUGCUGUUAUGAGCUCCUUCAUGUUAGCUGAGAUAAUGUACUUGGGAAGAGUAAUUGGAGCAAUGGUCAUUGUGAUUGGCCUCUAUAUGGUUCUAUGGGGUAAAAGUAAGGAUCGGAUUCCAUCUGAAUCAGAAAAAGAUGACGUGGUUCCACCGGUUUAA